CGCCGAGGACCGCACAUGGAGCCAGCGGCCAACGAGUUAAACACCCCCCGCCACCCCCCUUUCCUCCGGCUUGGAGAGUUGUUGCGGUGGGAAGCAAAGGGCUGGAAGUCGUCCCGGAGAAGCAGGGCCGAGUGCGGGCAUGGUUUCAGUUCACAGGUGAUUCAGGAGCUUCUCUUUCUACCUGUGGCGUUUUGGGGAUCAGACAGCAACAAUGGUAAAGUACUUCUUUGAUUUAUCUACUCUCAAGAGUUCCUGGGACCAAGUUGCCUCUGCAUUUUGGCAACGAUAUCCAAACCCUUACAGCAAACACGUGUUAACUGAAGAUGUGAUUUACCGUGAAGUAACCUCUGACAACAAGCUGCUCUCUAGACGUCUGUUUACAAAGACUAAUCGCUUGCCUCGAUGGGGGGAGAUGGUCUUCCCCACAAACCUGGCGCGUUCCGUCUAUGUUGUUGAAGAUUCCAUGGUUGAUCUCCAAAACCGAACGUUUACUACAUUGACGUGGAAUAUUAACCACACACGUCUCAUGCUGGUGGAGGAAAAAUGUGUCUAUCGUCCUAAUCCAGAAAAUCCGGCGUGCACACAAGUACAGCGAGAGGCGUGGGUCACCUCAAGUGUGUUUGGCUUUUCGCGAGCAAUUCAGGAAUUCGGCCUUGCCAGAUUUAGAAGAAAUCAGAUAAAGGCAACAGAAGGUUUUGAAUAUAUACUGGCUAAUUUGCAAGGCGAAGUACCUCCUAAGACGUUGAAAGGGGCAACCGAGAAGGCAAAGGAAACAGCACUGGCUGCCACUGAAAAGGCAAAGGAUCUGGCCUCCAAAGCAGCACCUCAGAAGGCAAAGCAGUUCGUCUGAAAGCAGCAGAGCGAUCCCAAUCACAAAAGGCAUCCUUCUGGCAAGGUUCAAUGUUCCAAGAAUACCAAAAGCUUGACACCUCAAAUGACUUUGAAUGCACUGAAAUUUUACAGCGUUACCUUUUAGUUUGUGUUUUGUUGAUAACUGUUAUCUGAAAGUCUUAUUAUUUCAUGGAUUAAAUUAAUGCACAUGCUGUACAAAUAGGUACCAAGGAUUUCAAAACAAAAGUUCCCAAAGCUUCAUGAUCUUUUUCACUUGGCUCUCCAGUAUUUAAUUGGAUGUACUUUAAUAUCUUUUUUUUCAAGAAAUUUUUAAAAAAUUAAUCAAUUGAAUGAAGCAAUUAGAGCUCAGCCACAGCAUUAAAGCAAUUUGCAGCCAAAGCAAUGAUUAAGCAUCGAAAUUGACCCUUCAAGAAUUGUGUGGGUACUUGGACUGGGUGGAAAUUUUCCUCUGAGCAUUGGGAUUGAAUGAGGGCACCAGCUUUAGCAGAUGAAAUCAAGGGCAAUCAUUUGUCUGACCUCUCAACAAUCUGGUACUAAUUAUUUAUUGUUGAGUAGAAUUUUUAGCCUGUGUUCAGAAAAUUGUCUUAUCAGAUAUUUAGAAGUAAUGCUCAAAGUUUUAAUUCUUGUAGGAAACCUUGUGUUAGUUUUAGUUUUGCAUGUGUUUAUCGUAAUGUAAAAAUGAGUUAAUCCGGUCAUCUGAAAAGUGAAACAAAUCCAGACCAUGGGCAACAUUUCAGGUUGAAUUUCAAAAGCCACUUUCUCAUUUCACACGAGAACAGAUGCUCUGUUUGGAUCCACAGGUUGAAUAAAGAACAAACAGUGUGAAUGGGCUGUGUGGCUCCAUUCUGGUCAUACAAUUCAUCACUGGAAGAUCAGUUUGCAUCUGAGCAAGCAAUUGAGGGGUAUCUUUUUAAUUUUAAUUUUUUUUCCCCGUGUUUCUUUGUAAUUUUUGUUCAGCUUUGCAGCUUGCAGCUUUCGGCUUUCUGUUCUUGUAAGUUCUGCAGUGGGGUCCACAAUGCCUGUGCUUCCCUCUUGGACACUGCUGCAGGAUUUCCCAGCUCGGGUCACCGAUGCUGUUGGGUUGAUUCUGCAGCAGCGAUGUAUUUAUUUUCCACAGCAAGUCUGAAAGGAGCACUGGACUGCUGACAAGUUUCCUCAAGAUGGCAAAAAGAACUGUUUUGUACAAACCCUUGCUGAUGAAACCUCUUUAACUGUUAAUUUGUUAUUGUCAAACUGGAUGGGUGAAGUUUACCAAAUCUGUAUUUUUAGAGUUUCUAAAGUUUUAAUUGUCUCAGACAUUUUGGAACUGCCAGUAUCUUUCCUAAUGUUUAAUAAAUGUCAAA